GAGCGCCUAUGACACGCUGUAUGGCUACGAGGACCUCCGGCCUCUGCUGUUGUCCCUGAUUCCCUUCACUCCGUCGCAACGCGCACAUGUGAACGUGCUGCACGCAGGCUGCGGCACCAGCAACGUCACCGAGGGUUUGUGGCGCGAUGGCUUUCGAAGCAUCCUCAACAUCGAUUUCAGCGACGUCUUGGUGAAGUUGAUGGCCGACCGUUGGGCAGAGCGAGCUGCGUUGAGCGAAGAGGAGGAUGCAAUGUCAGCAGGUGUUCGGUGGGAGCAGAUGGACCUCACAGAGUUGUCACCGCUAGCACCUGCUUCCUUCGAUAUGGCACUGGAAAAGUUUAC